CCGAUAUAUUGGUCAUCGCCAAAUAUACUCUUCCGAUCUCCUCGACUCUGUCUUUUGAUUUCUCUUGGUGGGAACGAAAUAUAUUAGAAGGUGUUACUGGUAGAAGCGUUGUCAAACACUGAAUACCUGUGACAUCAUCAAGCUAUUUGUGAUGGCCGCCUAGCAUUUCGGUACAUUUAAGUAGACGACCAACGAAGUAAGGAUAUAAGCAUCUAGGGAAAAUCCAUGUGUCUGCAUCCUCUUACUUGUGUUAACGAUGAUUGUCUUCCAUUUUUAUUAAACCGUACGUUAUUUUGUAGAGGUUCAUGAAAAUGUAAAUAAAGGAAGCGGCAUUUUCAAGUGUGCUACGUACGUAAAUUGGGUGAUUUUAUCCGCAACGUAACCAUGUAAGUCUAAUGUAUCGCCCAGUGUAAUGACGGUCAUUUUUGCGUUCAAGUAAUCAUAGAAUUUGUCAUUUCAUGUUGUACCUACCUCAUCAAUACUCAUAUAGUAGUUCAUCGAUACCUGACGUAUCAUCACCACCAACCUCAUAGUGUUGUGUCCGCAUACACAUGCACUUACAAAGUAUAUCUGUCAGUGUUAUCCACGUUCAUUCGUGGCUUAAGGUAAAACACUUGAGCAUACUAAUAUUACUGGAGGGAAAAGGGUCGGUACAUAGAUCGGAAGGGUUAUGGAAUGCCCGGAACCUAAUUCGGCCUCCAUCAGCUAUUUGUGUGACGAACCCUGGCCGACCAUUGGCGAUAACUACAUUGUCCGGCCUUGUGGUUGAUAGCUUUGAGUUCCUGUAACUGACGAUUUUCUUGAAAGAAUCAUGAGUUACCUCAGGCUCAGUGACAUUGUCAGCCAUAUCUUGAUCCAAUACACUGUGAAAGUAAACUUCUUCGGCAUGUCGCUGUGCGGCUUGUUUGGCCGCAGCAAAUCCGCAGUGUACUGAACGCCUAAUUUUCCUCAUGUAUGAUUCAAAAGGAAAGGCAGAGAACGACUCUAAACUACCAUGUUCUAUAACGUCCUCUACAAUGUGCUUUAAACUAUGCACAGGGUUAAGCCUGUAACUAAACAGAUCAGUGUAGUAAGUAGCGCUGCCUGUUUCUAAUGAGCGUACUGAUUCAAAUCAGUCUGAAUAAAAAUAAGAAAAAACGUGCUUUUUAUGCUGUUGCUGUCAUACAUUAUAAGAUAGCGAUAAGUAUGUUUAGUGUUUAUUUCUAGACUGUACAUCUAUCACUGAUCAUAUUUCAUGAUCACUGUCAUUAAAGUUUCCCCAGCAAUAACAUCGGUAGCAGGAUAGCUAAGCGUCUGAGCUUUUAUUUUCCCGCAAAACAGCAGUAUACAGUUUUAGAAGUUGAGUGUUCUGUGUCAACUGGCUGUGGACAAAUGUUAAGAGUGUUUUUGACAACUGGGACUUUUAGUUUAUCAGACACUAACUCUGCUUGUAUGUCUUCCUGUUAAACUAGACGCAGAUGCAUGGGAAUACUUAAAUUGAAGCAAAAUAAUAAAAGCAUUGCGAUACGGUAUUAAGCCCAUGUUAUGCUUUGCACAAGUAAUAGUAGAUGACCUGAUCUAAUAUUCAUGAACUCAAGGUAAAUCACAACUGCACAAAUUCUGCUAAAAAACAUACAAUUUGGUUAUUUAUUUAUUCCAACGCAACAGGAGUGAGCCUUCACUGAUCCUAAAAACUGUUUCGCCCUUAAAACUAUGGCCCUAUGGAACUGUUUACGAGAGACCCAACUAACAGCAAAUUAUCAAAAGGAUGCUGGAUGUCCAUUUUAGUCUCACAACCACUUCCAGUACUUAUUGAGUUACUUCUUUUACCCUUUCGUUUGGAAAAAAACAAAAACUGCAGCUUAACAUUACCAAUGCAACUUUUAAACGGGAACUUCGUUCAAACCUUUGUUUGAUAUUCGAUUCUUGAUGAAAGUUCUUGAAUAAAUUUUCAAAUCUAAUGCUACUUUGUUUUAUCUACUUAAUCGUUGCAAGAAACUUGUGAUACACGAGCUUCUCAGCACCUAGUUCAUGUGUAGUAAAUUUAAGUGAUUUGGUACAUAUCUUCGUCAUUUUCUUGGUAAACCUACAGACUCGGGUCCUCUCACAACUUAUUCUAGCCACCAUGAGUUGUCACGGCAGCUGAUGGAUGGGCACGCGUUACACAUCCUAACCGUUCCUGCGUCUAAUCUCAUAGCUUCUUAUUCAAAUGCCAUAUGAUAAGCUAGUAAUAGUAAUAAUAAAACACCUACACUAAUGGAACACUAUUAACUCAAAGGCACCCUGUAUAGUGCCUUACAUUGGUCUACGCACCCGCUUAGCUCUUUAGUGAGAAUAUUACUACAAUCCUGCUAAAAAUCCCAUGAACCCCCCUAUCUCCAUCAAAACAAAUAAGUCUGUAUUUGCUGCAUAUAGGGAUUUUAUUUUUAAGAAGAUAUAACAGUUAGAAUUUGAGCAAAAUGACAGUAUACAGCAGAUGCACGUGGUGCAUGUCUUCAUCGAUUAACUGAAAUAGAGAAUACGGAUAUUAGCUUAACAGGCUUAUUUAGAAAGACUAGUGUCUACUUUGAACUUACUGCGUGAGAAAGUUAUGCUGGAACUACGAAUAAUGUAGGAAUCUAGUCCCCCAGCGCGUACGAAGCGCUCAAACUGGAAGACGGUUGUCCAAAAAUAAUUCGAAUAUGAAGGUGAAAAUUUGCAGGUACUUUUCAUCGUAAAGGUGAACAUAUUAGGUACCGGUUGACAUUAUACCGUAAAAAGACACAAAUUUGUGAGUGGUGAAGUAUGAUCUAUAAAAAAGUGAGCUUAACAGUUAAUUACCUUUUUACUCCCUGAUCAUGACCCUUUGGCUUCAUUUUAUGGCCAAAACAGCAAACAUACACACACUUGCUUUAACGCACUACGUAAUGAGUACAACCCUUUUAUUACUGCUACGUGGCAUAUUUUAUAUAGCAAACCCUCUGCAAUAGAUUGGUAGCAUCUGUGACUUCAUCUAUGGUUGUCGGAAGUCUGAUUCCUUUCGAAAACUACUGAUAUUCUCUACUGUUGGGCACUCAGUAUUAGUUUGACUCGUUGAUGGGAUACUGUUGUUCAUAAUACUGAAGAAAAUUAAGAACCGGAGAUUGUUUCCUUUCAUUUUGCCGAUAACAUCAUAAAGGACAGUUAGAAACGAACAUGCGGACAGUUAGUCACAGGCGGCAGCAACAAUUAUUUUAGCUCGAAAAACGAACUUCGGCUUUGGAUAUCUAGAAAACAAGUCAAAACAGAGACACAUCCAUCGUAAAAAUACCUGGGGUGAAGUUUAUUUCAAUUAUAACAACUUCUGUCCUAUGAGUUAUAAAAAGGGUGUUGUACGAAACCUUUUUGACCGCGCACGCAAAAUCUGCUCAAAGGAGUACCUUGAAGAAGAAAUUGCCUACGUGAAAUUGCAUAUCCGGAGAAAUUCAUCCACAAAUAUGCUAAUACCAACCCUCCGAUUAAGCAUGUUACAGUGGAAAAGAAAACCUGUUUCCUAUACUUGCGCUUCAAAGGAGAUGAAGUCACCGGAAUUAUCAAUCACGGAAUAAAUUCCGCUUUGAAAGUAGCCUACACGGCAGCCAAACUGACGACGUUAUGGGAAACGAACUGCUCACUGAAACCAACUAAAAUCGACAAGUCCUCUUUCCUCAGUAGCUCCAACUGCACUUACCACUUCACAUGUACGUGCCAUGUCACAUACAUUGGAAGAACUGAGAGAAGAGUACAUAUUCGCAUUUCUGAGCAUGUUUCGAAGAACUUGAGGCUGCGAGGGACUAAGGCUUUCAACAGUGCAAUAGCUCGGCAUCUACUUGACACUGGGCAUACUGUCGACAUUCUGCAUGCUUUUAAAAUUAUCAAUAGACAAAGAAGUACGACCACUCUCCGUUUUGCUGAAGCCAUUGCGAUCAAAAAACUUAAAUCGGACUUAUGCAUUCAAAGAUACUUUAAUAAACUUAUCAUUACCCUGGUAAUCUGUUUUUUGUGUUUUGGCUAUUUGGGUUAUUUUAUUCAUUCAUUUGUUUUAAAAUGUUUAUACUCCUCCCCUAUUACCUAAUUCUUAAACCAAAAUUUUAUUCACAUAUUUCCACCACCUGGUGGAAAUCGCUAAAAUUAUCACACAAUUUAUGAACUUCACUAAACUAUUACACCACCCACCCUAAAUUAAUUCCCUUUUUUAACCUCUGACCUGUUCUAGCAUAUAUAUAUAUAUAUAUAUAUAUAUAUAUAUAUAUAUAGUUAUUAUUGUAAUCCAGUUAUUUACACUCAUUUAUGUCAAUUGUUUCACACUAUCUCAAUGUAAAAAUUCUAUCACAUUUUUGGUUGUAAGCAGCUGACGAGAAACCUCGAGAUAUUAUGAAUUCAUACUAUUCUGCAUCAAUGUUUGUUCUUGCUCUGUUCAAAACAAAACCGAUUACCAUUUUAAAACAUAAGACUAGCCAGCUUGACUGAAGAAAUACAUUGACUUCAGUAGCAGCAGCAAAAACCCAGAAAACAAAGCAAAAUCAGGAAAAAUUUUGCUCCAACAUUUAGAGUAUUACAUUAACUUCUACAUUUUAGCACACUGAAACACUAAAUUCUGUAGCUACACAAAACAAAUAACGGAAAAAGCACAGAACGAAGAAAUCCGGGCACCAUUGCAUACCAAGAUGGUGGACAUAAUAAUUGUCGCUAAGCCGACUGUCACGUUUACGAAAUUGAGUUACGUUUAAUAGCAGGCCGUAUAUUUGUCUACAAAUUCCCACCAAAUACACGAUGUAAGGAGGAAAAAUCGACACUUCCUCUUUAUUUACGCUUUUGUUCGCUUUAUUCCCCUUUUAUUGGUUGCUUGGGUAGUACACGAAUAACCGGUUGUGUUGUUUCACGCAAACAAGCAAUUAUGCUUAAGAAUACUAAAAUAACUUCAUUUCAGUCGGAUAAUGUGAUAUUAGUACAUGGAAAACCUGGUCUAGUCAAUUAUUUAGUUACUGUUCCUAUUGCUACUUACAGUUAUGUGAAUGUCUUUUGUUUAAUUUGUGCUGAGGUAUGACCAUUAACCAUUUCCUUACCUCUUUAGAGGUAACAAUACGUCAUAGUAGACACCAAGAAAGAAACAGCUUAUGAUUGUGCUUAAAUUUCAGGAUUCACAAGAUUUUUGUGAUUCUCAAUAGUCGUACAGGCGUUACGAAAAUGCAUAAACAGUGGAAUAUUUUUCAUGUUUGACUUCGUUUUUACUAAACAUUAAUAAUACAUAACCUGUCCUUUCUUUUGUAGAUCUUUUCAAAUUACAAUAUGACUUGGCAAUUACAAUGCAUAACGAUCGGUGCCCUGGCAUCUGUCAACUACUUAUACAAUAUAACGUUUUUAUCUUUUCAAUAAAUUUCUUUGAACACGUACCACUUUUAACGUCGAUUGCACUUGUCGUGUGGUGUGUUAUAUAAAAAUAAUGGCGAGCACAGACGUUUGGGGUUAGACCAAAUGUGUGUCAAAAGUUGAAGCAAAAUUAGAUAAAUCGGUGUGUACUAAAGCGAAAAGUAGACAGUUCGGCGUGUAUUUAUAUGUCCGUUUCAAAAGGCGAACAUAGUCCGUUCUCCCCUCAAUGGGUCAACCGGAAAUUAUAUACGCUCAUGUUAGUCAUAUAUACACCCAGAGAAUUGAACACAGGUUCUCCAUUGGUCAUUGACGAUUCGGGAUCUGAAAUUAAAGUACAGGAAUCGAUCACAGAUUGCAAUAAAUCAUGGUUACUUUUGGGUUUAAAACAGAGUGGUUUCGGACAAGGACGAUGGAACGGAUUUGGUGGUAAAGUCGAAUUAAGUGAUGCGAACCCAAAAGCUGCUGCACUUCGAGAACUGAAUGAGGAGUCUGGUUUAACGCUUGAUGAGUCUUCCGUUGACGAAGUUGGUCGUCUAUGGUUUACUUUCGCUGAGACACUGGAGUGUAUGGAAGUACAUGUGUUUAUCUGCCGAACAUGGACACCUACAUUUAAUGGUCAUACGGUUAAAUGGCCUUGUUAUACAGAAGAAAUGCAUCCAGCUUGGUUUCCACUUAUAAUGAAUAAAGAUAAUACAAUAAAUGCAUCAUCUUUACCAUGGGAACAUAUGUGGCCUGAUGAUUUGUUAUGGGUUCCUGAUAUACUUCAAGGAAAUCUUAUUCUAGCUUGGUUUCAUUAUCUUCGACUUUCUAAUCUAUCGAUUACAAAUAGUCAAAAUUUAAUUGAUCGUUCAACGGAAACUAAUGGGAUCUCUAUUGACUUAUAUGAAAUACCAGCUUAUCAUUUGGAAUCAUUUACUACUGAUGAAAAUGAGUUAUUGUCUGCUGAUAAAGAUAACGAUUGUAAAUUAUCCAGUGUUCAACGAAUUAUUGAUCGAUUGGAUUUAGACAAGAAUGAUAAUAAUUUAAGAUUAUGGAUGAGUUCAUCAUUAUAUGAUAAUGAAUUUGUUGUAUCUCCUUUGAUACUUCAGAAAAUUUUACAUUAUCCCAUCUAA